GCGCCGUUCUCGAAGAACUGCCGACCGGUACAUUGCUCGUUUUCUUACAAGAGAAUUGAGUGAUAUUUUGCUGCAGUAUCUUGUCUUGGUGCGCCCAUUUGAACGGGUAGCGUUUUCGGAAACGCACAGUGGUGACAGUGCUGAUGCCGGCGUCGCAAACUACCAGAACUUUCUCUUCGUCGCCAACGGCAACGUUGUCGCGAGCAGAGAUUUGAGCCGAUCACUGUAUGAGCACCUGCGCACCUAUGCCGGUGUUGGCCUUGGCCUCCAAGCGUACCGCCAAGUUGCCACGUUCUUCAUGCGCCACCACCUCCAACGCGGCUGUGCUUUCUUACAAAGCACAGAGGAAGUCGACAGUGAACCUGACACUGGCGACAAUGACGGCGUUGACGAUCAACAACAGGACCAAGCGCGAUCUGUCACUCGUGGCAUUCGCCAUGUCAAUCCCGAAUUUUAUGACUUGCAGGCUGCACACAGCAGUUCGGUUGCUGGCAUGUUUUAUGCUCGCACCACAAAUGAUUUUCGGUAUUUGUCGUCGGAAUCCAUACAUGAGUUUGACCUCUGUUCUCGUGAGUGGCAGGCCUUGUUGGGCAUUGAUGACCAUAUUGCCGCACCCAUACCCUCUCAUCCUCAACAACAACCAUCGCACCGACCGCAUCAACAACCAGCUCAACAACAGCAACAAUCUCUUGCCCUUGCUCCUCCUCUCUCACAGUUGCCUGGUAUGGUGAACAGCUUGCUUGCCCAAGCAGCUGAACGAUUUGUCGUGGCCAUACACGAAAAAACAACCAAGAACAUAUCACCGGUCAUUGAACACAAGCGUAUGUUUUCUUCUUAUCCUCCUAUGCCCUUUUCUCUGCUUUUUACUUAUCUU